UAAAAUUUAUUAAAACGCCAGUGAGUACGGAUAAAGCACCGCCUGUAGUGCAAGUCGGCAACGGGCAAGGACAGUCGGAACGAUGAACGGAAUCUGGGAGUGGAGUUGAAAGAAGUCCGUGAUCUCUCUGAAAGCCAAUUUUUUUAGUUUUUGUCUUUCAGUUGUGUUUUUCUUUCGAAUCGGUGCCACGGCCUGAGAGAGAUUCUGUGCGGGAUUUUCUUAGAGUGUGGAUAUAUUUGGUUUUCUUUUCUUUCUUUAUUUUUUUUUUGGUUAAUCCGGAACAAGUUGUUUAUAUUUUGAACGGCAUUAAAAAAAACAACAACAAACAUAUACAAGGUUUUUUUUUCCGCCUUAAAGCAAUAAAUCCCAGUAAAAACAUCUCCAUACCAGUAUUGGAUAUAUUGAAAAGUUUCUCUUGUUCGUGACGUCUGAUUAAUGACACUUUUCGACUCCCGAGAUGAAAACUUGAACCUUUUCUGUCACGUUUUGAACAAAAAGGGCGAUAAUAGAACACCAGAUUAAAGUAACAAAGUGCCAUAAAAUUGUUAAAUAUAAUUGAAAUGUCGUUAAGUGCAAGUGCUGAAAACGUUUCGGCCGAUACUCAGAGCUGUGAUAGUGGUAAUAUGUGUCUUGAGCUGGCCUUAGAGGGUGAAAGGCUGUGCAAGGCAGGUGAAUGUAGGGCUGGAGUCGCCUUUUUCCAAGCCGCUAUCCAGGCUGGCACAGAUGAUCUGAGGACACUAAGUGCGAUAUACAGCCAGCUUGGAAACGCUUACUUUUAUCUCGGAGAUUAUGUUAAAGCUAUGCAGUUCCACAAGCAUGACCUCACGCUGGCAAGGACAAUGGGUGAUAAACUCGGAGAGGCAAAGUCCAGCGGUAACCUUGGCAACACGCUUAAAGUUAUGGGGAAAUUCGAUGAGGCGAUGAUAUGUUGCAAAAGGCAUUUAGAAAUUUCAAGAGAACUGAACGAUAAGUUAAGCGAAGGCCGAGCUUUGUACAACUUAGGUAAUGUUUAUCACGCCAAAGGCAAGCAUAUAGGACGGGUUGGACAACAAGAUCCUGGAGAGUUUCCUGAAGAUGUUAAAGAAUGCUUACAACAAGCAGUUUUUUACUAUGAAGAAAACCUAAAACUCAUGAGAGAAAUAAACGAUACAGCUGCACAGGGAAGGGCUUGUGGUAAUUUAGGAAAUACCUAUUAUCUUUUGGGAGAUUUUCAGCAAGCCAUACAGUACCACCAAGAGCGACUGAAAAUAGCAAGGGAGUUUGGAGACAAAGCAGCUGAGAGAAGGGCAUACAGCAAUCUGGGUAAUUCGCACAUUUUUCUCGGGGAAUUUGAAAAAGCUGCAGAACAUUACAAGCAUACUUUGGUCCUUGCUCAAGAAUUGAACGAUAAAGCGAUUGAGGCUCAGGCGUGUUACAGUUUAGGUAACACUUAUACACUUCUGAGGGAUUACCCAACAGCCAUCGACUACCAUUUGCGACACCUGCAGAUCGCUCAGAACCUGUUAGACAGGGUUGGAGAAGGAAGAGCAUGCUGGAGUUUGGGAAAUGCCCAUUCCGCUAUGGGAAACCACGAAAAGGCCCUCCAUUUCGCCCAGAAACAUCUUGAAAUUUCAAAAGAAGUAGGGGAUAAUGUCGGUCAGGCGACUGCUCAGGUCAACAUAUCCGACUUGAGAAAAGUUCUUGGACUUCCUGAAGGCGAUCUUUCACCGGAUAGUCUCAAAUUGGUUAACAAGUUCGGCAGCCAGCCGUCACCGGGGAUCAGGCGUUACAGGGUGAGAAGGGAGAGCAUGAACCAUCUAGAUAUCAUUAAGCUUACGCCAGAUGCAAAAGCAAGAAACAACGCAGAAGCGUCUCUCCAACACACGCCUUUACCUAUACAGCACACGGAUCAGAACGAGGAUGAAGAUUCUUUCUUUGAUCUUCUAUCACGAUUUCAAUCCGAACGGAUGGACGACCAAAGGUGUUCGCUGACAGUCAGGUCAGAAAACAAAGAAAAUCAUAGUUCAAAUACACCAACAAAUUUCAGCAAUGAAGCGCAAGAUGAACUGCUCGACUUAAUUGUCGGUAUGCAGAGCAAGAGGAUGGACGAACAGAGAGUGGAGCUGCCACAUCUUCCUGGGCUCUGCCCGCCGGGCACUGCCCUCGCAGGUCCGGACGACGGCUUCAUUGAAAUGCUGAUGAGGAGCCAAGGCGAGAGGCUGGAAGACCAGCGCAGCACUUUACCAGGGCCUACUGUUCCAGAUGAAGACUUCUUUUCACUGAUCAUGCGCCUACAAUCAGGUCGAAUGGAGGACCAGAGAGCGACAGUGCCACCCCAGUUGAAAUAAACCCCACUCGCCCUUCCUCAUUCUUUAAACCUCAUUGUCUAAGAUCUCGGUUAAAAAACAGGAUCUUGUCCAAAGGAGUUCAGGGUCAAUAAUUUCUUGUUAAAAGAGAUGAUUUCUUUUUCAUUUUCAAUUUGAAAUCUCCGUUCUUUCCUUGUCCAUUUUAAAAUGUUCGGUAUUUUAAGCUGUUUCAAGGAAAACUAUUCGUCUUCCUAUAAAUGUGAUAGGAUAUCUCAAUCUGGACUUUGAAAGAAAAGAGUACAUUGAAAUUGUUUACCCCACCAGUGAAAUUAUAUUGUAUUUAAAAUAAAUAACAUUUGGCAUUUAUUUUACUAAUUUUUUGUGUUGCUUUUAGUUUAUAGUUAUUAUUUAUGUAUCUUCUACACUUGUAAAUAACAAAAAAUAAUGAAUUUGACAAAAAUAUUAAAGAAACUAAAGUUACUUUUGAAUUAAGGCUGCCUAAAUUGGGCAGCAAAGGGAGAAUAGUACAAUGAAUUUGAGGAGUAAUCUUUUGUUAAUAAUUUUUAUUUUAUUUACUGUCUUAAUUAUAAUUUUAACAACCAUUUUGCAUAAAGUUUCUACUAACCAUUUUUCUUUCAGCUAUGUUUGUAGAUCUUGUUUAAACACAUGCAGUGUCUUAAUCUCCGCUUAAUCUGUUACCACGUUUUAUUUAAUUAUAGUAACUUCAGUUUAAUUUAAACAAUGUAUUUUUAUUAAUCAAUCUUUUUGCUAUAAGUUGUAAACUAUUAAUGAACUUUAAACAGCUUUAUUUCAAAAUUACUUCUGUUCAUGAACCCAAAGGGGGAAGGGAGUUAAUGAGGAAAAAAAACAGAAAAUGUUAGAAAUUCGAUAAUUAGUUUUAUUCCUCUAAUCUGUAUUUCUUAGAACUAGUAUGUACAGAACUAUUUACCAUU